AUGCAGAACAUGAACGGAAUGCAGGGCAUGAACAUCCAGAUGCUCGGAAACAUGAAUGGUGGGAUGCAGAAUAUGCAGUGGCAGGCUGUGGCUGGUCAAGGGCAGCAACAGUGUGGCGGCUGUCAGCCCUGUAUGCAAUCAAUGCAGGGCAUGACGCAGAGCCAGCAGAAUGGUGGCAAUUCCCAACAGAUGCAAGGUAUGCAGAACUGCCAAGCCCAAACCAUCUUCGCUCCUAUGCAACCCAUGCAGAACGUCCAAUUCAUCCAAGUGCCAACUACGAUGUCCCUCCCUGCAGGGAUGCAGCUGAUGCCCAUGAAUUGCCAGCAGAUGAUGGUUCCCAAGGAGUGGAAUGGCAACAACGGUGGGAACUUUGAUCAGGGACAGAAUUUCAUGGUUAAGAACAACUUCGUGAAUCAGGAGCAAACGGUGCCGGGCACACGUUGCGCUGGUGAAAAGGAGUUGGUGCAGCAAACCACGCCCGAGGGCUCUGAAGAAGACUUCAUUCAUGAAGGCGCCAACAGCCGUCAGGUCUCCGACACGGCAAUGAAGAACAACGGCCAAUUCCUGAUCAUUUCCGGCGCGAACUCUCCUUUGAAAGCGGCCUCAGGACAGUCAGGGCUCACCAUGGAGCGUCAGUUGCAACAACUCCACUUGGAGCAACAGCAGGGGCGACUUUUCCGACACGUCUUCGCCAGCUAUGCGCUAUGCCCAAGGCUGUUGCGACAGCACCACAUGCAACAGCAAGCGCUGGCGCAUCAACAACAGAUGGAGCUUAUGUGA